GUUUGAAGUAGCGAUAAAGUAGCUUGAUCUCCAAGUCUGCAGCCUAGAUAUAGACGAGGCCUUCAACACGAGAGGCCAAGUGUAGCAGAUCUUCAGAAGCAAAAGAAAAGCUCUUAAUUUCCUAGAAACACAAAAUGGGCAGCGACGAUGUUGUUCUCUAUGGCACGUGGAGUAGCUUUUUCGUUGACAGAGUGAAAUGGGCUCUGAAAAUGAAGGGGGUGGAGUACCAGUACGUUGAAGAAGACCUGUUGAACAAGAGCCCCAUGUUGCUGCAGUACAACCCAGUCUACAAGAAGGUCCCGGUGUUCGUGCAUGCCGGAAACCCGAUAGCGGAGUCGACUGUGAUCCUCCAAUACAUCGACGAAGUAUGGCCGCAGAAUCCAAUCAUGCCCGAGGAUCCCUAUGACAGAGCCAUGGCCAGGUUCUGGGCCAAGUUUAUUGAUGAAAAGUGUAAGGAAGCUGUGUGGGCCGCAAUUAGCCCUUUUACAGAUGAGCCAGGGAAGAACAUAGAGCCUGCUCUGGCAGCUCUUGAGGUGCUGGAUGAUCAUCUGAGAGGCCGGAAAUUCUUUUCCGGCGACACCAUUGGAUACACCGACUUAGUUGCCGGGUGGAUCCCUCGAUGGAUGGCGGCGAUGGAAGAGUUUGCAGGCACGAAGCUGCUUGAUCCUCAAAGAUUCCCAUCCCUUCACGCUUGGGCCUGCAAGUUUCUCGAGGUUCCGAUCAUCAGGGACAGCCAAGCGCCUCAUGACAAGCUUGUUGAACGCAUAAAGGAAUACAGGAAGUUGCAUUUGGCUAAGUUAAAGUGAGCUUCCCGUAUUCGGUUCACCGGCCAUGCCACACAUGAACCCUCCUGUUCUGUCUCUUGUUUGUUUACUGUCAGAUUUAUCAUUAGAUGUUGUCUAUUUGGAAUUAAGAGUUCCUUCUGUUUUGAGGAGCCAGUCUGGGCAUUCUCUUGUGUCUUUGUUGUCAGAUCUAUCACCUAAAAAUUUGCAAUAAG